CAACUCUCCAAAAUCCAUGGUAGGGGGCUGGGUUUCCAAACCCUAGCCCAGUCACCAACGAACUCUCCUCCCCUACCAUCUGCUUUCUGAUUUGGAUUGCUCGAUCUAGAGAGCAUUUCUGGAUUUAGAAGAAGAGACGAAGGAAUUUGCACUAGAGAGAGGGUGGAUGUCACUCAUCAUCUCAAUUUCAGUAUCAAUUUCUUUAAUUUUCUGACCUUGCACACAUAUGGGACUUUGAUCGAACUUCACUGUGGCAAUGAUGGUGGCUGGCCGAACUAGGGUUAUAGUGGCGAUUGGGGUGGUUGAGCUAGCAACACUACCUCGGGUAUUGAGCUGAGAGCAAGGCCGCAAACCAACAGGUAAACUAUUGGAAAAGAGGAGGAAGGCUUUACCAUCUUCCCCAAGUCAUCGCCAUCUUCACUUGGUUUCGCCGACAAAGUUGGUUUCACUUUCGCCGGUUUCUUGGAAGAUUUGGAGGGUUGGUGGUCUGCACAAGGAAUGGGGCCUAUAUACUAUAUCCUUGUUGCAUUUCCAUGUACAGUUGGUGCCAUUGCGCUGGCCAUUCUUCAUAUAUAUCGACACCUCUUGAAUUACACUGAGCCUAUAUACCAGAGAUAUAUUGUGCGCAUCAUAUUUAUGGUUCCUGUUUAUGCACUGAUGUCUUUUCUGUCACUUGUUCUGGACAAGAAUGCAAUAUUUUUUAAUUCCAUACGUGAAAUAUAUGAAGCUUGGGUCAUAUACAACUUCCUAUCUCUUUGCUUGGCAUGGGUGGGUGGUCCAGGAGCUGUUGUGCUAAAUUUGGUUGGUCGAUUUCUAAAGCCUAAUUGUUGUCUGAUGACAUGCUGUUUUCCUCAAAUUCCAUUGGACGGGCGCUUCAUACGAAGGUGCAAGCAGGGUUGUUUGCAGUUUGUAAUCCUCAAGCCUGUCUUAGUUGGAGUGACAUUUGUACUUUAUGCAAAGGGAAAAUAUGAGGAUGGGAAUUUCAACCCGAAGCAAUCUUACCUGUAUCUCACCAUUAUCUACACCAUCUCAUACUCAGUGGCUCUUUAUGCCUUGCUGUUAUUUUAUGUAGCAUGCAGAGAUUUGCUUCAGCCAUUUAAUCCUGUUCCAAAGUUCAUCAUGAUCAAGUCUGUUGUUUUUCUGACAUACUGGCAGGGAGUUCUUGUUUUCCUUGCUGCCAAGUCUGGAUUUAUUAAGGAUACAGAAGCUGCUGCAAAGUUUCAAGAUUUCAUAAUUUGUGUCGAGAUGCUUAUUGCAGCUGUUGGCCACCUUUAUGCCUUUCCUUACAAGGAAUAUGCCGGUGCUAAUAUCGGUGUUUCUGGUGGCUUUAGUGCAAGCCUUGCACAUUCUCUUAAACUAAACGAUUUUUACCACGACACUGUGCAUCAGUUUGCACCCACUUAUCACGACUAUGUGCUAUAUAACAAUAGUGAGGGAGAAGAAGGAUCAAUGAAGUACAGGGCGCGCACAUUCGUCCCAACUGGUACAGAGAUGGACUCUGUUAGAAAAAACCAGAGUUUGUUCGGAAAUAGGUUGGAAGAUGUUCAGUUACCAGUUUUCUCCUCAUCUUCGGGCAGCAGCAGUCCCGAUAAUCUGGACACCGAUAUGGUCCCUAGAUCUAAAGCUGAGGCAACAAUAAACUCUUCCGUAGAAGAAGUAAACACAUUGAAUGCACAAUCUCUUCCAUACGAUCUCUCGGUCAUUGAUAUUGAAAUGUCUGAUUACCCAACACAGGUACCCCCAGUGAAUGAAACUGGUGUAAGGUGGGGAUGAGUAUGAACCUUGUGAAUAUUAAUUACCUCACAUUGGUCUGUAUACUAGUUUUCUUUAAUGCUCUUGUUACUGCUGUCAUUCAAUUGGCUUACUAAGUUUGAACGUUUAGCCUAAUUUCUCCUUUCUCUGUUUACUGUUAAUAUU